CUUUUCCCUUUUUUUUUUUGCAAAACCUCAGACAGUAAACCGAUUGUGUCUCCAUUCUUCCAUCCUCCUCCCGGUCAAGAAUAUGAAAAAAUCAACGCCAUAAGAGGUGAGGUUAUUUUUGUACUUAUCGAAGGUUUGUGAAAGCAAUUGAGACGUGCACAGCGUACUUAUCUUCCUCAGUUCCCGAGAAGAUAUCAUUAUUAGUAGUAGUAGUAGUAGUAGUAGUAGUAGUAGUAGUAGUAGUAGUAGUAGUAGUAGUAGUAGUAGUAGUAGUAGUAGUAGUAGUAGUAGUAGUAGUAGUAGUAGUAGUAGUAGUAGUAGUAGUAGUAGUAGUAGUAGUAGUAGUAGUAGUAGUAGUAGUAGUAGUAGUAGUAGUAGUAGUAGUAGUAGUAGUAGUAGUAGUAGUUGUUGUUGUUGUUUUUGUUGUUGUAGGAAGAUAAAAACGUACACAAAAUGACGAAUCAUCUUAGCACUGUCACGUACUAAGGGCUCACUAUAAAGACAAGCAGCGUUAAUUCUGGCUUCCAGGAUUAUUUUCUUUUCUAACUUUGUUUCGUUUGUUUAGACCCCACAUAUGAGGAAUUCUAUGGACAAGGAAAAAAGAAUCAUAUAAGCCACAAAAAACUGAAAUUGCUGUCCCCAAAAACUAUCAAACUGACACGAGAAGGUGAGUGCGACAGGAUAAAAGACCUUCAUCUACUUUGUGCCUUUGUAAUUCAGUGAAAUAAUUAAGGUACCAACAGUUGGGCCUUAAAGAGGCUCGGGUGUACAUCAAGACAUAGCGACCUUCUCUCCGAACUGGAAGAUAGCAGAAGCACUGUUAUGUCUCCUAGUAACUAUAUAUAAUUACGGUUUGGAUGCUCCACAGUAUAAUGGAAAUCUACUCAAAAUGGCCUUUGUCUUGUAUUUGAACAAAACGUAGAAGGAUAUAUGGGCGAAGUCAGGACCAGAUGGCGGAAAGGUCCGACGGAAGCCUCUAAGUUUGAACUUGUAAUUAGGGGAAAAACCCGUUUGAAACCCCUAUUGCUGAUUUUUUACUGAUAACCUAUUGAUUACUUCAAAACAUUCAUCACGUUUCUAUCAUGACGUAAUCAGAACAUUUCCGAUUUAACCGAGCCUCUUUAAUUUUCAAAACCUAGUCUGAGUGAUCUGUUUUACAGUUAAAGCUUUGUGGAAAGGAAAAAAUCUCGAAAUGAGGAUCCGUGGUCACACCUGGGAAUCCUGAAACUCGGAACCACUCGCACAGAAUUAAAAGAAGCGCACUUGUCAAAUGUCAAUACUUCCUCCUUCUUCUUUCCCCUUUCCUCCUUCCUCCAUUGCUUUAGUCUUUAAUGCCUACUUUGAGUUUAAACAGCCACUACAAAAGAUAACAGUUCAAUUUUUUUACUUCACUCAAUUGAUAGCUUUGUUGAAGGCAACCUCUGCCCAGACAACAGCACUUGUAGCUGCUGCUGAAGCCGCGCGGUCUUCCCUGGAAAUCUCGAGGCUAGCUCAGAAGGCCCAGGACAUUUCAGUCAAGAGAGCAAUGUGGGCUUUACAGACCAUCAAAGUUGCAGCAAAGGCGGAGGAAGUGGCGGUCAACGCCAUACAAACAAUGUAUAUGUAACUAGGCAGGUUUAAAUAACAUAGACACUUUCUGCUGCGUCGGAAAACGGAAAGUGAAGGGUAUACUCAAUGAUAGUAGACUAGAGGUAUAAUCCCUGUUAGAUAUUCUUAGUAAUAAAAUGGCGAGGAAACUCUAAUUCAGUCAGUUCCGACCCACUUACCCUUAUCAUCUCUUGGCGAUGAUAAGAUUAAACUAAAUGAAUACCUUAAACACUUUUUAGUUAGCUUUCAUGACAGUUGAUUUUUUUGAUUAAUGUGAAACCUCAGGUUUCACAUACAAUGUAUGUCGGUCACUCUCUAAGAACUGGUAGUUAAGUAUAGUUUAUAGUUAGGAGGUAAGCUGUUGCUGCGUCGGCGGCCUGGCCAGUGAAAACCCGCCAAAGGCGACUUUAGUGAUAUAUUGGCCACCAUAAAAAAUUUCAACUCCCACACUGACGAAGGAGUGACUCAUUCAAGAAGAUACUUCAGUGUUAAGUUAUCAACAGAGCUUACGAGACAAAAUAUUUUUGUCUUCUAUAGUAAACCUAUAGUACGACAAGUAGGUGUGUAUGAUUUUUCUUGUGAUCAGCCGCACAGUAAAACCAAGAGAGAGUCAGAAUGGGACAGCGAGACGUCAACCCUGGUUCUUGGGACAUGUAAAUCUCACCAAAGUUGUUUUUAGACCAAUUUAAUGCUUGAAAUUAAUUUUCUUGAGAGGUACGCAAAAUUUAUUCAGUGGUUUUGAGAGAGAAUUCAACAGUCGUCAUUACAGUAUUCUGCAUUGCUUGCUCUGAGGCAGUCGCGCCUGGACUUAAUGACGUCUUAAACAAUCGAUUAAAAUGUGCAAUUCCUCAGGAAUUAUAAGACUUCCGUUUAAUUACAACGUCAAAAAAUAACUUCAGUGAAAUUCACAUAUCCCGGCCAACGCCCUGAGAUUCCGUCUCUAUUCCAUUAUUCCUUCCUGAUGAAACAUUUGAUAUAAUGAAAGGCGAAGAUCCUUUGGAUAGAUUUUAAUAUUAGUGGGGGGAAGAAUUCCGUUCGUUAUACCGAGGACUUCGAUUAUUUUUAUAGAGUUUGAUUAUAUACUAUAGAGGUUUCCACUGUAGUACAAGUCAUGGGCGCACGUCUUUCAGUUUUGAUACAACUGCUGUACAUUUUUAGUUUCCGCUUUUUGCAAAGAAGUCCGAAGAAGCACAAAAAAAAACACAGCUGAUUAUCGGUUCUCCUGGGGUAAGCCCGUAUCUAGCUUCAAAUACACCCCCCUUGGCUUGCCCUUCACCAAGAGAUUCUCUGUUAGACAAGAUUUUUUUUCUUACUUUUGAAUUUUAAUAAAAACUAAUUUUGCAAAAAUUUUCACAGCUAGGCCGACUACGAAGGAAUACAUGCGUGGCACUCAGCAUUCCCAUUAAGACACCAUGACCUAUGUACACUGAGUUACCAAGAGAUUCUUGGAUUCAUUAUGGCUAAAAAAAUGGAAUAUUCUAUUGUUUAAUUUGUUACUCAAAGCUCUUCCGAAUACAAAAGGCAAUUAAAGUUAAUUAUGUUAACACAACAAUUUAUACAUUGUGACGUUUAAUGUAUUUAGCAAAGAAGAAAGACGUCUCAAGUACCUCAAGACCGUGGUGAUUUUCAGACAACUUGAGCAAUUGGCAAACUAGUGACCCUUGAAGUACCGCUUUCUGGAUGAUAAAGAGGUCUCUUAUCUGCCAAUUCAAACCACCUGUUAAUCUGUCAGAAGCCAGAUCAGAAAGUCAUGCUAAUAACGUAUGCAUAGCAGAUUGAUAAAAAAAUAUAUCUAAAUCGUUAACGCACUACGGCUUGGAGAUUUUCUAAUUUUCGACCUCUAAGGUAUGGAGUCUACACUUUUUUUGCAUUGACUUUUGUCGUCUUUUGUGUUUGUAGAAAGUAGAGGGCUCUUCAAGUUUCGAUUACUUUGAAAUAUCUGACUUAAGCUUAUUUCGCGCUUGGCUUUAGGUCGACGGGACGCGCCUCAACAUGCGGUGACACAGACCUCUGAUAAAUAAGACUAUCCAAAGUAGGUAUUUCGAUACUUUGAUCAUUUUAUACUGUUUACUUCCCUGCUUUAGCUGAGGAAUGGUCCUUAUAUCGUUUGUAACGUGUAGAUAAAAGGGCAGCAUCGCCUUCAUUUCGUUUCUAUUUCGCUCCCUCUUUAUAGUUGUUGUUUGUCUCCACACUUUAAUCAAGAAUAGGCGAUUGAGUUGAAUCAAGAGAGGAUAACAGUCUCUUGGUUGAAUUGAAUCUUAGACGUUCUGAUUUAGUCUAUUAGCACUUUACGAAGGUUAAGGAGUUGUAUAUUAAAAAAUUUUGCCCACCGUUAGAUGGUACACAGUCGUCAAUGAAUGAAUGGUUCAAAUUGAAACUAUUUACAUAGCUAAUAACAGGACUAUGAGAUCUUCAAGUUUUUUGGAGGAGUGGGGUGUAGAGUGUGUAUAAAACCUUUAUUUCAAGGUCCACCAAAAGUGGAACGCCUUUGGCAAAAGUUAGUUGACAGGACUCUAGGUUAGCUGGCUAUGUUGUUUACUUGCCGGUUAAUUUUUACCAUUUUCCACAAUUUGGCCACCAGUUUUUAGCCAGGUGGGAUUUUAGCGAAUUAAACGCGCAAGAAGCACGCGCAGCGGAGCAUCGCGGGUAACUAAAUUUGGUUAUCUAUGAUCCAAUAAAACUUGAUUGUGAAAAAAUCUCUGUGAUUAGCUUGAUACCGGACAUCCAUGUUACAACGGUCUCUUAGUGGUCGAUUGACAACUGUCAACACAGGGUAUCCGCUGACCGGUAUCACCUGACUGAGAGCUCAAGUGUACAAAAAAGGGGAACUGUAUUUCAAGUUGAACGCUGACCUCCGCUGAAGUGCUGUAUUCUUGCGUAUUUCAGUUAAAAGACAGGUAAAGUUGUCGAUGAUGCAAAGUUGUCUAUUGACGUUGGCUCUGCUUAUCGCUGUGCUAUCCCGAACAGCAGGUGAGAAUACCACAAUUAUUACACGAUUAUUCAUGUUAUCGUUUCUAACUGUAUGCCCAUAAAUAGCUUUAAAAGCAGGAACCACGUCUCUGAACGUGUUUGCUAGCUAUAAACUAUCAGUUAAUUGCAAGGCUGGUGGCAAUACGAAAAAAGGAACUCUUGGAAUCAUUUUGCAAUUACUAUCACUACACUGGAGUUUUCUUAAGGACCUGGGCCGAGUUGUUCAAAGCUGGGUUAAGAUAACCCAGGGUUAGUGCGAGAUUUGAACUCAGAAAGGUUAAAAAGCAUUUUAGUCUUAAUUCUUAUGGUCCACAAGUUGAUGAUCGGAAGCUCUAAAAAUAACAGAGAAAAUUAUCCGAGAAAAUGCUUUUAAACACAAGAAAAAGAAACGCGGGUCAAAUCAGGGUCCCAAAGGGGCUUAGGGCUCCAGGGCUCCGGCCUUAAAAAUGUAGGGCUCCAGGGCUCCAAGUCGAAAAUUUCAGGGCUCUAGGGCUCCACAUCAUCUGCUUUAGGGCUCCGGGCUCCACUCUGGUCUACAAUCUUGAUAUGUAAAAAUUCUAUUUUUAACGCUAAAUCAAGUACGCAAAUAAAAGAGUCAGCAAUUCCGAUCAAUUUUUUAAACCCAAGCAGCCGGUUAUAUUAUCUUCUAUGAUUUAAAAGUGGAUUAAAUAUUAAACUUGAAUAGUGCAUUGUACAAGGUUGACACUAAGGUCAUGGAGCGGAUCAGAUUUCUAUGCUCCAUGGGACAAACUCCAAAAUCUCUGAUGUCUCACCUUGCACUGACCUGACUGACCUUGACAUCUUUCACGUGGCAUCGAUCGUCAUCAACUAUUAUUUGUAUCUUCAAAAUGAUCUGUCAAGUUUUUUUUUUAAUUUGUUGUAACUGAUACCCGCGAGCAAACAGCUAAAGGAACGUCCGGUUACUAUAAAGUUGUUUUUAUCACGCUCACUACAAUUAUAACAAAGUUUUCAUUAAAUCCCUAAAGAAAAUGGUUGCAUAUCAUUAUACACUGAGAUAACCGCGUAUACUUGUAUUAUGUACUAUCCUCUCUUCAGAUUCUGUUUUUUUAUGCCCGUUAACACGCACAAACAAACACAAAAAGGCAGUAAUCAAAAAUCAAUGCAAUCUGGGAACUCGAAUGAUCAAACUUGAAAAUGCUGGGCUCCGGGCUCCGCGCAAAAUGUCUUUGGGCUCCGGGCUCCACAGCCAAAAAAGGAUCAGGGCUCCAGUCAGUAAAAUGAUAGGGCUCCGGGCUCCACAGCACAAAUUUCAGGGCUCCAGGGCUCCAGGGACCCCCCUUUGGGACCCUGUUAAAUUUAACCCCGGGUUAGGCGCUAAUCGGCCUUCGAACAACCAGGCCCUGAGAGAGUAAAAAAAAGGUUUGUUGCACUGAUUAGAAAGGCCUUUUGCCGUAGUCAGCUAUAAUUGCAAUAUUAAAAAUGUUAACAAAUGUCCCUUUUAAUUUCUUGGCUGAAUGCUUCAAUACAUGUACAUACUGUAUAAUUGCAUACAAGAACCUUCUAAAAUGGCGUAUGACCAUUGAUGAGCUCAUGCGACGUACUAGCCCUGUAGCUAUCCUCUUCACCGCAAGGACUUUUCAAACUAAACUUUUGUAUUCUUGAAUAAUAUUUUGCUUUUACUCAUUUAAGAUGCUGAAUCAUACGCGAGGAACAGAAAAUACGUAGAAAAUCCAGAAAAAGGUACUUGCUAAUCAUAUUUUUAAAUAUCUCAGAGCCCAAAAAAACUAAUGGUGAAAUCUCGUUCUUUUGUGGACACGUUUUAUUUUUUCUUGACAACUUUCAAGGCGAAUAAAAACGUGUAAAAAACAUGAUUUACUGCUAUUCUUAGGACCGCAGCAAAUAACAAUUUGCCUAUGUGCUUUUUUCCAGAGCCCUGCGCAAAUAAUCGGUACAGAUGUGAUGGUGGAAACAAGUGCAUCCCUCUGAAAUGGAUCUGCGACGGAGUUCAUGACUGCGAUGAUAAACUUGACGAGAGAAACUGCUUCAUUGGUAACACCACAACUAUUCCCUCUUACAGUAAGUUAAACACACCCUAACUGUUCGUUUCCUUUAGCUCCCUCCAAAUUGGCCCUAUGAAUUGCCCUCUUAUUUUAUACUUUUUCAUUUAUUAGGGAGUUGAAAAUACGACGAAGAUAACUGUGACGAAGGCGUCACUCUUUCUAAAAAGUGGCGUCACGUUCUUUGAAACUUCAGCGCAACUAUCCUACUCCCUCGCUCACUUUGCCAAAAGCAGGCGAAAUUAAAUUUCAGAGUUAAAUUCAUAAGAAAUUUAUCCAUGUUCAAAGAGAGAAAGAGAAAUUUGUCUUCAUUUGUUCACGUUCAAGCUAAAACGUGAGAUUAGACAAUUCACAUCGUCGGCAAAGAACUGGAUAAAUGUACCAACGCUGUGCUGCAAGUGCCGGCAAAGUUGUUGCUAUGACGUUCUCGUUGCCGUCGCCUUAGUAAAAUCUUAAACUCCCUUUGGCAAAAUAAAAGGGCUAUAGAAUGGUCACUCGAAAAACGUGGGUCUCAGGAAAUUUUGGCUCGAUCUCGAAAUCUCGGAAGCGCGGUUUUUGAUGGGUCUCGAAGUCUCGUUUUUGGGUGAUUCUUGCGUGUCGGAGUCUCGAUUUUUUUUUUUCGCUCACGGGUUUGUGGAGUCUCGAAUAUGACGUUUUUUCUUUCCUUUUGGUCUUCAGGAGUCGAAUUCUGCAGAGUUCGUAGAAACAGCUUAUCGAACUGAGCUAUUAGAUUAAGACAGUAGAGCAAGAAGAAGCAGUAUAUUGGUGGGCUUUCAUUGGCGUUUUCGGUCAUUUUAGCUUUGGAAUUGAUGAGUCUCGAUCUCGGAGUUUUGAAACCAGAGUCUCACAGUCUCGCAAAGUCUCGGAUUUACAAUUCUAUACGCCGAAUAUGGUACCAAAGGGUAAUUAAUGGAAGUUUUUUUGUUAAUGUUGUUGCAGUCGCUUCAAAGAAAACAGAAACCUCACUAGAUGGUUCGGAGGACACCAGCCGAUCAUCACUGAGCGGUAAGAGGUUAGGGAAACUGCCCACCUACCCCUUCCCUAAGCCAACAUUUUGCCCUAAGAGAGAAGUAAGUGUUAAUUUUGGCUUAGGGGAGGGGUAGGUGGGCAGUUUCCCAGAAACGUGUAAUGAUCCGAGGUUAUAAAGUUAUGGAUCCACCUUAAUUCGGACAGCAAAGUUGACACUUACCAAUUGAUUCGAAUAAAACUCAAAAACAAUCUUUGAUACUAACCGUAUGUUUCAAGAUUACUUGGAGGCCAAUAACAACAAAAAGAGCUAACAGGCACAAAGAGACAAAAUUUUAAAAACUUCCUGGUUAGGCUUAAUUAUGUAUUCUUAUUAAUAAGUAGGUGUGGUUUACAGCGCUUAAAAGGAAUACACUGUUCUAAAAUAGGUAUUUGGAAGGGGGACCAUUUGUCAAUAAAAGGUAAAUUCCGUCAAAAAAAAAAUCAAUUUUUAUCCUAAUACAUAUGAAACUCAUUUUUAGUGAGAAAGGUUUUGCAUUUGGCCUCGUUUUGAAAGUGCGGGGUUUUAUAUAAGUAGAGACGCUGUCAACUUACAACCAAUACUGACCGAUUUCGUAAACGAGUGCCGAAGGCGCAUGCUUCUAGUGAGGUCCGGGGUUUGGGGUGGGCUCCCAUAGGAAAUUUUUUGGAUGUUUACUCCUUAAGUCCCCUUUCCUGGGUUUCCGAGUUAUUCAGACAGGAUAUUGGCCAGAUGUCAACUUGGAAAGUGUUUUAACCAUCAAUUUCCGUAAAAAGGGGGAAACCGGUGUGGAUCUGCGCCUGAUCUGAUAAUACCUUUUCAACAAUUUGACGACUAUUUCAGAAUGUCCCAGAAGUACUUAUUCUUGUGACAAAGGGGACAAGUGUCUUCUUAUGAGUUCCUUGUGCGACAGUAUCAACGACUGCCAAGAUGGUGCGGACGAGAAAAAUUGUCCCUUAAAUCCAGGUAAGCUCAUGUCAUGCCUCGCCAUCAAUGUCAAGUCGUUGUUUUUUUAAUUGCUGUAUGUAACUGUUGAAAUAGUGUUAAGGGUGAACUUUGGUUGUAGUGAAGGCAUUAAAGCAGUUAGAUGUUCUGCCGGAGCGUAUUAAAGUGCCUUCACUUCCGUUUACUAGCCAUAGAAUGCCAGACUGAUUUUUACAACUUUAUAUUAAAAGAUCUGCCCUGCGUUUAAUAACGCAAACCUCUUACACCCCCUCGAAACGCUCAGCCUUAUAGAAAUCGUGCAAUAUUUGAUCAUUUCGAUAUAGUGUCAAAGUUUCUGCCUCAGUGUUCAGAACAGGGAGUGAAUUACAAAAUGGUAUAUAUGUUUCGUCUUGAUAUUAGGUUACUGUUAAUCAGUCUUGAGCAAUUUGAUUUGUAUGGCAAGAGAUAAAACGUGGUACAUAGAAAAAGAAAAAUUCGGUUGAGUUAACCUCUUUUUCCUAUUUCUUUCUAUAGUUUGCCAGAGCAAUAAAUUUACAUGUGACGAAGGAGACAAAUGUUUACCGCUGACCUGGGUGUGCGACAGCAUCAAUGACUGCAACGACAACAAGGAUGAGCAUAAUUGUCCACAGCGGAGGACUGGUAAGGAGAAGUUAAGUUGACUGGGAGUUGACACUUGAGUUAUUAAUUUGAUGAAAGUCAUCGUUUAGCUUCGUUUAGAUUCUUAAUGCAAAGGGGCACUAGGUGAUCAGUCCCAAACACCUUAACAUGAACAACGGAAAUCGCUGGUCAAAACGCUCUUGGUCCGACUCUGCUGCUUUGCGUUUCAAUUGAUAGAAGGCGUGAUCAGGUUACGAGAGAAAGAAGGUCCAAACGCGUGUGAUCAGAUUCCGUUUUGUCCAUUUCUUUCGUUCUUAGUGCGCGGGAGCCCAAACGAAUAAUAGCUAAAUACGUGUCGCGCAUGCGUUAUAGCAACCUGGAGAAUAGGAUUGCGAGCUCCUCUGGUCGCCUGUAAAAUAAAAGUGUAAGUCUUCAGUAUCGGCUGGCUGGCUUGAGAUUUCAGCGUUUCGUUUGUCUAUUCAGCCCUCUGCAUUUGAUAUCUUACAGCUAAAUCCAUGGCCCGUGCUGCAGAAGAGGCAGCGAUAUCCGCUGCACAGGAAGCCAAACGAGCUGCAGCCGCAGCUCAAGAACUCAUGGCAAAAGCCAAGGAAGCCGCUGACAAGGCUGAGCGAGCUAUGAAAAUUGUGGAAGUAAACAAGAAAUUGUAACAAUGUAAACUAAAAAAAAAAAUAAUCAGUUAAUAUUUUUUAUUGGCAAGUUAUAAAUGGCAUGUAAAAUAAAGAUAAUGUUACUGUCUUAUUCAGAGGGACAAUGUGAAGUGAAUAAACACAGCAGUCUUGAACCUGGCUGCAAAGUAAGAGUACACCUUGGUUGUUUGAACAUUAACUAUUUCAAAGAUUAUGGCGGUGAGUGGGAAAUUUUGAUUGGUCCCUUGAUUGCCUGUAAACUUGCGAGGGGUUUUCGUUUGGCAAGGUCCUGGCAGGUACACCCGCCCGUCUGCCAAUUCUCAAACUAUUUACUCUCAGUUUUAGAACAAGUUUCUGCCUCAUUCCUCGAUACGUUUCCCUUUAUGGAGUCCCAAGAUCACCUUUCCGUAUUGUCGUCGUAAGAUACAUGCCAUACAGGUAUUUUGAGCGCAUCCACUCAUUCCCAGCAACCAAUUGCGGCAUUUACACAGUAGCGUAAUUUACGACUACUUAAGCAAUCAACUUAAAACUGUAAUUUUACCGUUCAUAUUUAAAUUCAGUAAUUUCAGCGAGGUUUAAAAUAACAAAAGUUCUUAUUUGCACAAGAAGGCAAAAUGGUGAAUGUACUCCCUCCUGAGACUGUAUUAAUGAUCGAUAGAUGGCAAAUAACUCGUUUUCUGCAAGUAUUUAGACAGAAAAUUCCGUGAACUAUCAUCUGAUAAUAUUAACGCUAGCGCUGUAUCAGUAUAUGUAUGUAGAACUAAAGCAAUGACUGUAGAAUCAGAUCAAACAUUGUACACUGUAUAUUACAUUUUCGCAGUCAGCUCAAUAUUUUAGCGAGGCCUAGCCUGCGGAGCGGUCGUUUUGGUUUUUGUUGUUGUUGUUGUUGUUUUUUUUUGUUGUUGUUGUUUUUUUGUUUUUUAACAACAGCUCAUUACGUCAACUUCCCGGCACUUUAGAAUACGAAUGGCAUUUUUGACUCGUCCCAACUCUCUGACAGUUUCAACGUCCAAGAUGGCGGGAGAGCAUUAGUUGCCCAAGAAUACCAUAACGUAUACGUUGUUUGCUGUAUGUGUUUAGUUCCACAUUUUCAUAAACUGCCUUUCACGAGAGAGGAACAAUUAAUGUUAAGAAACCGACCCGUUUAAUUCGAAAUUAUUGUCCGUGUACUUACGUUCGGGAGUGCAGGCAAGAAUGAUUUAAGGACUUCUUAUUUGACUGGGGCAAUUGUCAUUUUUGUGUUGUUUGAUUGUUUUUUUGUUUGUUUGUUCGUUUUUUUCAUUUCGCAGAAUUACAAGUACACAUUCAAGUAUUUCUUUUGUAGUAAAACAAACAGACGAAGUUUGCGUUGAGUUUAACACAAUUUGCUUGUAUGAAAGUUGUACGUUCUCUUUACGAUAUUCGUUAAACCACCUUAAAGUUUUGGAAAAGAAUUCCUUUGACUCUUGACAAUACAAGAAGGUGUGUUCAAUUCAAUCUGGAUUAAGGCAGAAUGGACAUUUAUCAUCCGAGGCUAAUUUAUAUUUCAGUAGUUCUUUCUUUGUCGUGAUUAUUCUGUGCACAACCUUAAAAGUGAAUUGUCUAAGCUUAUUUUUUGGGGAGGACUCAGAGUAUAUAUUCACAAAACAAUCACCCCAAUCGGAAAGUUCUGAAAAGCGUUUUUUCCAAGCCCUUACUGCGGAGGGUUCUGAAACAAGUUUCUCGAUGAACAGACUGUAAUAAUUUUCACAGCGGAAUUUGGUUAAGACUAUUGUUCCGUCUCCUAUUUGACAGUACUCUGAAGUUGCUCCAAGCAGAUUCAUUUUGGUAUCAAAUUAAACAUACUGUAACUGGUGGCACUGCAGGCACCUGCUGUUAAUGUGACAUGACACCUCUUAGCCAGCAAUUAACGCAGAGAAGAUUUUCAAUCUCAUUAGGUGCCAGUGUUUGUUCUGAGAACCAAAGAACGAAAAAUACUACAUGUUUUCUAACCCACGAGUGGAACUGUCAACAUUCGUCUACAGAUGCUUCAAGUCUUCGCUGUUGGUUUGUUGUUCUCGUUUGCUCAGAUAUCUGCAGGUGAAGUAUAAAUAUUUUUUCACUUACCUCAAAAUUACUGUUAUAUCUGAAUUGGUUUUUUUUUGUGUGGAUCAUGCUAUAUUAAUCGGUCUAUACGAGCUUCUAUAGCCUAUAAGCUUAGUUUAGAAACGUUAGACACCAUUCGAAAUGAGAAAAAUGCAUACCGUUACCAGAUCUAUGGGUUGGCGAUCUUUCAAGAUCAACCGACCUACCUGCUUCUGAGAUAUCAUCAAUCGCAAUGCUGCUUGACCUCGAGGUUGAAAAUGAAUGUUCACCCGUACAAGUGAAUUAGUCAAAUGCACUAUUAAUCAUGUUGAAUCACUAUGUUUUUUCUCUUCAGGAAAGCAGUGGAAUUUUGCAGAAGCCUAUGCUAUUAUUAACUCAAUCGAACAAAGAUUAGGUGCCAAACCUUCUCAUAAGGACUUCAUUCCUCUGCUGCACGAUAUAAAGCGUCAGCUAUUCAACUUUGAAACGACUUUUGUGAGCAGAAAGGAUAAUGUACUUAAACCGCACUCAUUAACGGAGACAAAUGCUAGCAACAGAGAAUUCAUCGAAGGAGAGAAAACAAUGUACAAUGAGGAAGGAGUGGACACGUUUAAAGGACAAAAAGUUAUUCCCGUUGACGACGAUGUCGAAGGUAAGCCGGACCGCCUAUCAGUGGCUUAAAAUUAAUUCCAUUUUUUAAAUGUCAACAUUGAUGUUGCGGCUUCCUGAAUUCUUUGAUUCAAUUUUAAUACAACAGAAAUUAAAAACUAAUUUACGCAAAAAUCUAGGCUUUGUUACCAUAACAACUCAUUUCAUUCAUGGGUGCUUCAUCAAUUUUAACAAGAGGCUUCGAACAACCCAUCCCUAGGAAAGAAGCUAGAAGAAUAAUACAUUAAAGCAUUAGAAACUGCUUUAUCAUAAAAUGCUAAUUUACACGGUGUAACUUUCCCAACAGGCAGACUAGGAAAGUGGCUUGUUCUUGAGGCGAUGAAAAAGUAGGUACAUGCAUAUUGAGCUACGUUUGGAUUGAUGGGUUCAGGACUGAAAAAAAAAAAAACAGAAAAACACUGAUCCAUUCCAUUGGCAUUUUAGAGUUAAAUGAAAGUAACCUUUCCCAGUUAUUGUUUUAAUAUAAACCCUCUUUGAUUUCUUAUGGAGAUAACGCUUUAAAAAUACUAGUUAUCACAAAAACGACGUGAUUUACAAAAGAAAGCAGGAAGGGCUUUAUCAAAACAAGGUCAACUCCAGCCUCGUUUCCAUCUAUAACUGUAAAAUGGACUGUCCCACAAUAUCUUGUUAUCACAACUCGGUUCGAUUCUUGAUCUUGCCCUCCCCAACUGAUCUGCUAUAUUCACUCUCUGAUCUUAUCUAACCUUUUCCUACUUCAACCCCCCACCCUCCUCUUCCUAUUCUAUCCUUUACUACCUUGCCCGCAGAGCUAUCCUACAAUGUUCUACGUUUGCCUUCCGGACCAACCAUCUGUCUCUGUAGACAGGCCAGGAUGUAGAGCGUUUUCACAUGACGUCAUGGGGUCAUAUUGGCGCUCCAAAAAAUGAAACAGCGGCCAUGUUGGUGUCAUAAGCAAGUAAAAUCUCUCCUUAUUAUUUAGGAAGAAGGAUUAGCGCGGUUGUUAGUGCGCGACCCCUUCUGUGCGGGAAGUCCUGAAUUCGAUUCCCAUGUGUAGCAAAUCAUUCUUUCGACUUCUUUCCUUUCGAUGUAGCUCUAAUAUCUUCAAAUACCCGUAAAAAGGAGCACUAGUGGAGAGAUUGCCAUGUGACUGACUAUGCUAUAUUGGUCUUAGCCAGAUUCGAGCGGCUAGAAUUUAUAGGGCCCGGGGCUGAGGGGAAUAGAACAGAUUCAGUUUCUGAUUUAGACGAAUAAUUCUGUGAGAAUUUAUUCGAAACAGGCCUAUUCACUACUACCCUAAACGAGCAAUAUCUUCCCUAGAAAGCAAUGGAUGGGGUUUUAUUAACCGCAAAGGGUGACCUAAACAAUUUCUAUGGAGAGCUAGGGAAGAGUGUUUUUUUAAAGAUUGUAUUCAAUAAUUACUUUUGAAUCCAUCAUUCUCAAGAACGAGUAAUGUUAAAACACAUUUGAAACUUAACAUUUCUCACUCUUGAGAAUAAUGUUCGAAACAUCGAAACGUCGAGCAACGUUUUAAGUUUAAAUUUUCUUGUUAAAUGCUUCAACAAGCAACUGACAAUUGAAUCCACUUAUAUCAGGCUAUUGGAUUUUAUACCAUCUAAUAUGACUGACGCAGAAAGAAUAUGUCGACCUGGCCCUCUUCACGACACUCAGGACGAGUCUGGGUCAACAACCGUAGAACAAGAAAAGAAAUGUCUUAUCUUGGGAGACUCAAUAAGCAUUGGGUAUGUUCGCUCUAUGACCGUAUUACCUAUUACCACCUCUUGUUGCUUGCAUUAAUGCUUUGACUGGCAUGAGAUCCAAUUUGAUCAGUUUUUGUAGCAGCUCCUACUCUUUGCGUUCUUGCUCAAUAUAAGUUACUUCAAGUCCCGAGAUCUAAGCUAAAGUCUCAUGAUUUUCUAUUACAGGACCUAAAUUAUGGAACAGUAUACCCGCGUCUUUAAGCUAAGAAAUGCCGAUUCCUUGAAUUCUUUCGAAAAACAGUUAAUGACUAACAUACCGUAAAAUUCCGAAAAUAAGCCCUGGGGCUUAUAUUUUUCAAAGGCCCUUUUUGAGGGGCUUAUUUUUGGAGAGGCUUACAUUCGGAGGGGCUUAUCUUUGGAGGGAAAUUUGCGUUUCAAAAUUGAUUGGGCUAGCCUUAUAGUUUGAAGGAAAUUUACUGUUUUUACUUUGUUUUACUCUGUAUUUGAGGGAAUUUCCACGUACAAGUCCCCGGGGGGCUUAUAUUUGCGGGGCGAUUUAACGGAGGGUUUUUUGCGUUACGAGUUUGGGGGGCUUAUAUUUGGAGGGGGUUAUACAUGGAGGGGCUUAUUUUUGGAAUUUUACAGUAUUUAUUUCACCAAGCUUUUUCUUAAUUUAUAAAUAGAUUUUUACUUAUUUUUCAUACUUGUAUAUGUAGUUGUUAUAUUUUUUUAGAGUUUUAAUACAUUUUUUGCAAAGUGCGUAGAACAGUUAAUGAUAUAGACGCUAUAAAUUAUAAAUAAAGUUUAUUAUUAUUAUUAUUAUCAUUUAUUAUUAUUAUUAUUAUGGGAUGCGGGAGAAAAAAAAUACAAUUGCGUAUACAGGGCACCUAACGACGAUUUCGUCCUAAAUACAUUGAAAACACUUUUUAGGCUAUACAGAAAUGCAUGCUAAGCGGCGCUGUAAAAUUUGUAUCUGUUCGGUCAUCCUAGGAGAACUUGAGUCUUUUCGAAAUUACAAGGGCUUGAGUAUUAUUUUCCCGAAAAUUUUAGAUGAAAUUUGACGUAUUACGAAAGUGAGACAUUUUCAAAUUCCUCUCUCCAUCACAUUUUAGGGACCCUUUAUAGCGAAAUUCGUUGUAUCACGCUGCGCGUUUUGCAUAUCUGUUCCGUCAAUCAUCUUAGCGGACCUCUUAGGAAAUACAUGUUUACUUGCACGAGUUCAAAAGGUCAUGGUUUGUGAUUCGUGAUUGGUGAUCUCGAUCCGUUUUGUUUGUUUCGUAUUUCAAGGUUCGUUGCUUUGUGAUCGUCUUGUUUCGUGCAAUAAUGUUUCGCAGAUUUUUAUGAUCUUUCUCAUUCUUGUCACUUGCAAGAAUAAAGCAACGUCUGCCUCCUCCUCCGUACUCACCAUCGCGAUUUCCUUUCCUAUUGUGAGCAGUGUAGAGUCAUUCUCAGCCAAGCUGGGCGAGCACGUUACAUUGCGAUUUGCAUUAACCCCGCCUUCACUAAUUAAGUGAUUGACGGAACAGACAAACCCAAAAUCCUUUCUAAGUUUGCAAAACGCGCAGCACGAUACAACGAAUUUCGUUAUAACAGACCUAAAUGACGAUUUCAUUACCCUUCCAUAUACUUAAAUGAGGGAAAUCCCUUUCCUUUUCGUAUAGCUGAAGCCUGAAAUUGGUACCCCUAUAAUCUACAGGUGUAUAUUUUCUUUCUCUGUAGAUAUUUUUCGUAUGUAGCUGAUUUGCUUGAAGAUGAUUGUACUGUUCAUCAUGCUCCCUGGUCGGGUGACGGGGGAAGCCUGGACACGAGUUAUCUCCUUAAGUGCCUGCCAAUGUUUUUAUCGUCAAGUGUCUAUGAGCCAGUCAAUUACGAUGCGAUUAUUUUCAAUUCUGGACUUCACGAUAUUAACUGCUGUGGAUUCCCGCGAGAGGUAAAACGAAACUCUAAAUCCUUUCUGACCAAUUACGUCAAUUAUAACAAUUAUUCAUGGCGACGUUUUGACAAGCGCGUACCGCGGGUCUCUAUCAGCCGCUGGUUUCGAUUUACUGAGCGUGAACUGUUAGUACCACCGUAGUUGCUAGUGAUUGGCGCUCGAGUGACUAUAGUAACACAAACAAUAUCUUUCAUGAAUUAUUUAGUCAACAAUGGUUUUACUUUACAACUGUUAUAACAACAUACUAACAUUGAGCAGUAGACGCAAAUCAAUUCUGAAUUUCCUAGUAACUUACGUAUAUUUUACCAUCCAAUCAAAUACUUGUUAGAGUUAUUAACAUAUGAAGUUCAUAAACUGCAUGAUGUUCUAUAAAGUAAUCUUGUACCAUAUGUUUUUGUUUUCUUUGACAGUACGUUCCCUUGAAGAAAUACGCAAAAAAUCUGAGGAAAAUAAAGGAAAAGUUGCUAAAAACGGGAGCUAUGAUUGCUUUCGCAACUUCCACGCCAGUUCCUUACAACGAAACAGCAAACGAAAUACUUCAGGAAUACAACAAGGCCGCCACUAAGUAAGACUUAAAGGUAGAAUUUUCAUCUUAUAGUUGUCUAGUUGCGUGGUUAGAUGGCCUGGCCUAAAUCUGGCAUCAGGGACCUAAGUUGACGCAAUAGGAAUAACUCAGUAAGUAGAGCGCUUGGCUGUAGAACGGGAGGUCUUGGGUUCGAUUUCCGGAACCGGACCAAUACCCACAGUCUUAAAAUAACUGAGAAAUGAAAGUACUUCCUUUGCACUGUAAGCUAAACCUUCGCGAGGCUCGCGAAAACCAGACGAGAUCAAUUCAUGACAUUGAGACUUUUAACUAGUCACUCAAGUGUAUUUUUAAGCCACAUAUAUUAUGAUGUACUGUGUAGAAUUUUUUGUUAUUGUAAAUACGUAGAAUUCUUAUAUUAGCCUUAUUGUGAUUAGUUAGGAAGUUUUUUAUUGCUAUGCAUACGACUACAUCAGCUUUGCUGAAUUUUUAUCUUGUUUAAUUAAAUGCUAUUGUUAUUGUUAUUAUUAUUACUAUUAUUAUUAUUAUUAUUAUUAUUAUUAGUAGUAGUAUUAUUAUUAUUAUUAUUAUACGUAAAAUGGCGGGCCCGUCUCCAGAUGGAGACGUAAGAAUAGUGUCUCCAAUUAACAGUUUCGUGCUUAAUACAUAUACAGACAAAAGUGUUUUUUCCUUCUUUUUUGCGAAAAAUCUUACCGUCACACUGUUUAACGUCUUGGCUAAUGUUAUGCAGCGGAACUCUGAACUGUCCCCGAGCUAAUUAUUGAGUUCUGACGCCAAUGCGCGCUCUACUGCAGAGUAGAUACAUCUCCAAACUGAUUCGCUCAUAACGGACGGAUUAAAAAGCAAACUGAUCCCCCUUCUGCCAAUAAAGAUAUUCACUGGAUAAACCACCAUCGAUUGGGCAAACAAUUGUUUUACCUAAUCCCCGGGGGAUAGGGAUUUAUCCUGGCAGUGGAAUUAAAGCGCUUUCCGCACCUUUUGAGCGACUAAAAAUGGCGUUAUAAAUUUCAAAUGCUUAAGUUUUCUUGCUGUCUUUGCGCCCUGUUCGUUGUUGUUGCUGUUCUUGUGAUCCGCAUUCCUGAAUCCGAAAUACAUGCAUGUGUACUCCGUUUGUUUUGGAACAAGGAAUCCUGGGCUUUGGAAUUCGGACUACAGCUCAAGGAAUCCGGAAUCCUACUAAGGAUUGGAAUCCCGAAUCGGAGUUCCACUGACAAAUAUUGCGGACUCCAUUACCUGGAAUCCAGAAUCCAGAAUCCAAGACUGGCUUAGAUUCUCUUAAGGCGAUAUAUAAUCUUGAUAAGCACCUUAGUCAUGUUAGUAACAGAGUGAUCGCUUUUAAUGGCCUACGAGUGUAUUCGCUGAAGGGGGAUUAAGACCAAAAUACUGCUCUAUUUCUUUUUAACUUGUAUCUUUUGAUCUAUUUGAUCUAGAGAAAUGGAAAGAGAUGACCCAAUUGACAUAGUUGAUCUUUACAAAGCCGUCAUUGAAGAAUGCAGUGAUGAAGCACUGAGCAAAUGUGAUCUGUACCUAGAGCAACCAGAAUUGGUAAGUCCUAAGCCGCGUGAAAAUUAUAUCAGUAUUUAGUAAAAUCCAAUUAGAGGUCUAUUUUCAAUGCUGGGUACUGAUUGGUUUAGCUACUACUACGGCUAUAUGUUAUAGCCCGCUAGUAGCGAAAAGCGCCGGCUUUGAAAACAAAAAGAUUGGUGACUGAAUCGUAUUUUGCUAGCUAAUGUUGUUCUGUUUCGAUAUUUUUGACCAACUAGUUGGAUUUUACUAAAACAGUCAUUCCUCUCGCCCUCAUGGCCUCUGAGUCAAUAGCCCAUUCGGGCUCGCGGAAUAAUUGUUAAGUAAAAUAUCGGAUGAGGUUUUUGUGAUAUCUGGAAUAAUCGAGGUCGAGGCUAAGGCCGGGGAGAUAACACUUUGCGAUUGUCUCCCUCACCACACAAAUGUUUGUAUGACUCAAUAAUUUUAAGUUGUAGUUGUCAUUGUUGUUGUGGUAUUGUCAAUAUGGCGCACCCACGUUUUGGGGACUGUGACUACUUUUUUUCAUCAAAAGAUGCGUCAUCAAUCCUUCAAGAACCCAUAAUUGAUGCGAAACCACCCUUGGCUCAUGAUUUCAUAACGCGUCUUUUGUUAUUACUUCCAUGAUCUAUCCUCUAAAUAUAUAAGAAUGAGCGAGAGGAUUUGCAAGCGAAUAUAGCCUGCACAACAGGCGUUAUUUGGGACGCUCUGGUGGGUUUUGGCAAUCAAGAACGGAGAGACACAGCCUAAUAGAAGCCUGUCCAAAGACGUUUUUGUUUUUCUCUUCAAAAAGACCCCUCUCGCCUGUCUAGCACCUCGCAUUUCGUGCUGUCGCCCCAAAACCUGCCCUCACAAGUAAGUUACGCCCCUAAAGCAAAUAUUUUAAUGUUCCUGUGAAACGAAACAAUCAGUAGGAACUGUAUUUAAAAAAAAUCCGCUUUUUACAGGAGUGCAUUUGUUUCUCCCUAUUAUAUUCUUAAUCCAUCAUCAUUUUAAUGAAUAAUUAAUAAACUUACAAGGCUUUUGUUUCUUCACGAUCGGACGCUAAACGGUUCGGUAAUUUUUAAAAGGUCUUAAAACUUGGUUUGUGGUCAUGACCUGAUUAAUUCUCUCUUUACGUCCACAGCAUCUAAACGGAGAUGGCUAUAUGAGUUUGGCUAAGGAAGUCUCUAAAGGAUUUAAAAGUUUAUUGAAAAAAGAUACUGAUGAAAGAAAAAGGAGAUUGAAAGGUAAUAAAGAAAAAGAAAUACAAAUGAUUCAGAAAGUUGUUAUAAAAAUUAAAAGCUUACGUGGCAGUACCAAAAUUUUAUAGAUUAAUCAUUUGUAUAUUUGGGAAAAUUUACUCAACGCGCGUCGUUUCCAAUUCAUUUAAAUUAAAUGUGGUUAUGAUAUUUUAGACUUCACUUUUAGGUACAACUUGUUUAGCGGUUAUUUCACGAGCAAAUUUUUAGCCUGCGAGCAAGCUCUCCUAUUUGGGCAAGCGAACCGAGCCUCGCGAGAAAGAGCUUGUUCGCAGGCUAGCAAAUUUUCGUUCAUUUACAAUUAUUUUUUUUACUAAUUUAUAUUUAUCAAUUAAAUUUAUUUGUGUAUUAAUUUUUUGAACUCUUGUCUAAGCAGCCUCUAAGGAAAGGAAUGAUAAUAUGGACUCAAGAAAGUAUUGCGUACAGCAUACAGAAGAAUCGAUGCAAGACAUACGACAGUUGACCGGCUGCCCUGCGAACACGACCUGUUGUAUUAACGAGUAUUCCAAUUCCUUUAUUGGCUGUUGUAUGUUAGAGGACGCAAUGGAUUGUGGGGACAGCUGGCACUGUUGCCCCAAGGGAACUGUCUGCGACCCCACGUGCUCCAAGACACACUGUUCAUGUCGCGAAGCACCUUGGGAAUCAAAAGCCACACGGACUACAUUUUCUACUUUGAUGAAAUCCCUUGACACGUUUUGGAAGAAACUGGCAAAACAAUAUUCGUAG